ACGAAACGGCUUUAAAGCGUCCGUUGCGUUUUAGUCGUGAACUUUCUGUUUUCACUGGUUUCAUUUUGAUGAAGACGAGAGAAAACAGCUGCCCACUCUGAUUGGCGUUUCCUGCAUCGAGUCUACAUCUCCCCAGAAUAUGGCACUAUUGAGUCUGUGUUACAGCUAAUUGCGAGUGAAGCAGCUUCUUCCCAAAGAUGCAGGAGGACUGGGGUUGGAAAGAGGCUGCUCAGAGGAGGUCCUCACAGUUUGUGACUCGAGUAAGUCCGAGACAGAGAUCCGGCAGUUACAGUGAGCCAGAGUCUGAAAACGCUGAGGUCAUAACGGAGGCUUCUACUGAUGAUCCUGAUGAGUCUGCACAGAGAAGCAGAGCCGAGAGCCAGCAGACAACCCCAACAGACUCACCUGAAAUAGAUCAGUCAGACAUAAAAGAUAUGUCUGAGGUGUCAGAGGAAGAUACUACAGCCACAUCAGCUGGAGAUGUGAGAAAAGUAGCUGUAGCUGAGCUAAAGCUUAAAGCAGAGCAAACAGAGAAGAGCUCUCGAAAGAAGAGUCCUCAUCUAAAGCACCCAAGUCUGAAAGUGGACAACGCUCACAUGCACAUGUCUCUACAUCACGGUGUGCUGACACCAAUGGGCCGAGUGAAGACCACCAAGACAUGGAAAACUGUUCAGAUCGAAGAUAGAUUACGAAAGCUAUCGAUCAAACACCCUGGGAUGGAAACAAAGGAGAUGAUGACCCCAGUGCAGAUCAAGGUGAACCUGACGCUGAAAGAAAGAGACCACCUCACCUUUGAUCAGGUCAAGCAGAUUGAGUUCACGUCUCAGUCAGGCCUGAAUCAGUACCUGAAAACACUGGCUCUGUAUAAACGGCGUGACUUCUGGAACUCGUGGAAGUCUUUACAGACCUAUUGCCGGCUGCAUCGCUGCAAACAUUUCCCACAAACCUUCAGCACAUAUUCCUGGUCCUGGAGCACCUGCCGCAACAUGCUUGAAGUCACUGAGCUGCUGCAGAGCAAAGAGUCUCCCAGCCAAGCCUUGGAAAAGUUUCCUCCCAUGCAAAAAGUAACAUAAUAUAUACCAA